CAUAGCUAUAGAGGUGGAUGCUCGCCCAGUGAGUUUGAUCUCCUAAUUUUGCGGCCCUCUCGGGUUUUUGUACUAAAGGCAUGGCCGGCGGAAGAUACGAUCAUUAUGACUAUCUCUACAAGAUUGUCUUGAUUGGCGAUUCUGGCGUUGGAAAAUCUUCCCUUCUAUCUCGUUUCACGCGAAACGAAUUCGACCUUGAGUCGAAAUCAACCAUCGGUGUUGAAUUUGCCACACGAAGUAUUCAAGUAGAUGGCAAAGUGAUCAAAGCACAGGUUUGGGAUACAGCUGGCCAGGAACGUUACCGUGCGAUUACAAGUGCCUAUUACCGCGGAGCUGUUGGUGCUGUAUUGGUCUAUGAUUUAUCAAAACAGAAAACUUUUGAGAAUGUGGCACGCUGGCUUUUGGAAGUACGUGAACAUGCAGAGUCCUCCAUUGUCACCAUGCUUGUUGGAAACAAAUGUGAUUUGAAACACCUGCGAGCAGUUCUUGCAGAAGAUGCCAAAAAAUAUGCCAAUGACGCAGGAUUGUCAUUCAUUGAGGCAUCAGCUUUGGAUGCUACAAAUGUCGAAGAAGCCUUUACACAAACAAUUACAAAAGUUCAUGAAGUGCAAUUGGCAAAAAUAAGAAAAGAACUUGACAUGCCAGGACAGAACUCUGGAACUUCAGAAGGAAAAGGAAAGGUGGUUGAAGUAAAUGAAGCCUCACAAGCAGGAGAAAGAAACUGUUGUGUUCUUUUUUGAGAAUGUGGACACUUAUCACAAAAUUCUGGGGAAUUACUGAAAUGUCUGGUUUUUUUUUUUUGUAUCAAAGUUGGCAAUUGAUUUCAACAUAAAGCAACAAUUUAGAUGAUCAUAAUUAUUAUAAAGAUUAUAAAUAGAAAUUAUUUUAAUUGCAAAUAAUUCAACUUGUAUUAUAUUUUCUAGGAGUAGAUCCUAAUAUUUGGAUAUUUCUCGCAUUGAAAUCUUUAUUUGGAAAUUCUAAUCACAGAUUAUUGACAAUUGGCUAAAAAUAUAAACCCUUAGAGUGAUCAGCAUCUAAUUUCUCCCCACAAUAUCAGCCCUGCAUUGCACAUUGAGGUCAUGAGAAUAAAGGAAAUGGUCACCAAUGAAAGAAGCUUUUGAUCGGUAAACAAAUUCUCCUUUUCAGCACCUUAGGAAAUGUAUAAAGAACAGUAUGGAGAAUAUGCAUACUGAUGUUAGGGUGUAAAGAGUUAAGAAAAGAUGAUCCUCUGAGUUUUUGGUUGGGUUUUAUGCUUGAUCAUCUUGAUCCAAACCAUUUCAGAUCAAAACAGCUAGAAUAAUAUAUCUUGUUUGGUUUAGAGCUGAAAAAACUAACUAUAUAUCUGCAAUUCACAAAGUAGCCAGCACAAAAUGGUCUGAAAGUUAGAAGGUUUCUGUUGCCUACCACCAACAAACAAAAACGGAAAUACAGUGAGGGUCGUGGAUAAAAAUUUGUCUCGGAUCUAUUAUGGUCUUGUCUUGCUUAAGGUUUUUACAUUCUUAUUGGUUAAAGACUGGGUUCAUAUCUUCUUUAACCCUUUUACUCCCAAGGUCUAAUUAGUAAUUCUCCUUACUAUCUGCCAUAUAAUUCUUAUGAUGUUAGUUCAGAGAAUUUGGUAUUGGAUCAACUAAUAAUCCCAUAAUUGAUAUUCUUCUCUAUUCUCAUCACCUACCUGCUUGAUAUUGUAUUGAUAUUGUAAGGAGAAAUUCUGUCUUGGUCACUUGUGGGAGUGAAAGGGUUAAAUUACCCUUUACAACAUUGGUGACCAGGAUUCAGAAGCACUAAUUUUCAAACUGGGUGAUGUAUGAUUUCUCAAUAUUUCUAUGAAGGAGACAGAUGAAAUCAUGGACAAAAGUUUUUCUCUAAUAGUAACUUGGGUGAUUGUAUUGUCAUACUGUCCUCAGGCCCAGUGAAUAGAAUCCCUCCAAAUUCGUCCUAAGGAUUAUUUGACCAGACAAUCGUACCCCAUUGGUGAAGAAUUGUUUAAUAUGGAAAAAGAAGGAAUAAUGAAGAAACUUUUUUGGUAUGUUAGACUAAAUUUUGUUGCAAUUACUUGGCUGAAGACAAAACUUACAACCAAAUUUACUUGUAGUUCACUUUUUGUGGAAUGUUGAAUGUCUUGUAAGCCCCAGUUGCUACAAUCACUCCUGAAUUCUAGGCUCAGUUAUUCCAAAGGGGGAUACCCACCCUCCAAAUAAAUCUCCAUCCAGUGGAUAAGUGCUAACAGAAUAUACUGUGCAAUCCAAUGGAAAGAGAUUUAAUCUAGUGGAUAGCGUUAUCCACCCUUAAAACAAUGGGAGGCAGAUCAUUAUUUUGUAUGGGGUAGAUUUCUAGAGGAUGUUAGUAAUCCUCUUUGUUUUUGUUCUCCAUCCAUUCUAAUUAUGAUAGUAGUUCAUCUCUAGUAAACAAUUUUGAAAAUAAAAUAUUACUGUCAAAUCUG